AAUCUAAAAAAACACUUCAACACACUCAAAUGUCAUUUACAAGUGUUUUUUAUUGAUCGAACACUCUUAUGAAGCAUGAACACUUAACAAAAGCAUACAGACAACAUGAUAGAUUGAAGGAAUAACCAUAUAUUGUUAUAUCAGUAAAACGGUGCGUGUGAUCCUUCAUCAUUACAUCAUUAGGAAUCAGGAAUCAGGAAACAUUUAUUACCAAAUGUGCCAAACAUACAAGGAAUUUGUCUUGUCGGUGUCUUUUAAUUUGUCUUUUCAUCAGUUCUACUUUUGCACAAAACAUCUGUAUGCGACACAUGUGAGCUCUCUGAGCCCCGUCAUGGGAGGGGAGCAGUGUGCGGGUCUCUCCGGGAAGCUCUCAGUCAUGACUGCGUGAGCAGAGAGAAGGGAGCAGGGCGCGGAGCUGCCAGCGACACCUCCUCCAGCCCGCUCUCCGAACCUCCACCAGCACCCUGCUGUCUGCUCUAGCAUGUUUCUGUGGGAGAGGGGUCCUCGGGCGGAUUCAACUACCACAUUUGGUGGAAAGGGACCAACUUUGCCCGCAUUACAUGAGGAUGAAAUUGUGUUUUUGGAGAAUUUGAGCUCGUUCGAGCUUUGAAGCCAGGGGCCCCAUUUACGCGUUCUGGUGAUUUUAGUCUGACCCGCCUGGGGUGUUUUUUUUCUCUAUUUUUUUUUUGACGUGAUGGCCAACCUCAGUAUGGUUGACGUGACCGUGGAGAACGGCACGUCGGUGCAGGACAAUCAAACCCUGGGCGUUUGGACCGACUACACGGUCGAAUACAAAGUGGCCAGCGUGUUCCUGGUGUCGCUCAUAUGCGGCUUGGGGAUCGUGGGCAACGUCAUGGUCAUCCUGGUGGUCCUGACCACCAAGCACAUGCGGACCCCCACCAACUGCUACCUGGUGAGCCUGGCCGUGGCUGACCUGAUGGUGCUGACGGCCGCCGGGCUGCCCAACAUCACCGACGCCCUGCACGGGCAGUGGGUGUACGGCUACGCGGGGUGCCUGGGCAUCACCUACUUCCAGUACCUGGGCAUCAACGCGUCCUCCUGCUCCAUCACCGCCUUCACCGUGGAGCGCUACAUCGCCAUCUGCCACCCCAUCAAAGCGCAGUUCCUGUGCACUUUGUCCAGGGCGAAGAAGAUCAUCCUCCUGGUCUGGACGCUCACCUCGCUCUACUGCGUCAUGUGGCUCUUUCUGUCCGACACCAAGACGUCGGCGUACGACAACGUGGUGCUGCUCAGCUGCGCCUACAAGGUGUCCAGGAGCCACUACCUGCCCAUCUACUUCACGGACUUCGCGGUGUUUUACGUGCUCCCCCUGAUGCUCGCCACGGUUCUGUACGGACUGAUCGCGCGGAUACUGUUCGUCAACCCGCUGCCCUCGGAUCCCAAGAGCGGCACCAAGAAGUGGAAGAAGGAGACGGGGCAGGGGGGGAGGAUGAGCGGCACCUGCUCCUCCAGCAGCACCACGGCGGCCUCCCGCAGACAGGUGACCAAGAUGCUAGCCGUGGUGGUGGUCCUCUUCGCCUUGCUUUGGAUGCCCUACCGCACCUUAGUGGUGGUCAACUCCUUCCUGGACAAGGCCUACCUGGACACCUGGUUCCUUCUCUUCUGCCGUCUCUGCAUCUACCUAAACAGCGCCAUCAACCCGGUCAUCUACAAUGCCAUGUCCCAGAAGUUCCGCGCCGCUUUUAAGAAGUUGUGCCACUACGGCCCUCAGCACGCGGAGAAACCUGCCUCUUACAGCGUGGCACUGACCUACAGUGUCAUCAAGGAGACGUCUAACGGCGGAAGUCCCGACCACUUCGCCGCGGAAAUGGAUGGCGAGCCGAACACCCCGAAAAAUCGCUACUUACCUGCCAGCCUCCUGUCAAGUGCCAAGGACAUGCCGUUCGCAGAGUCUCCCCUGUCAGGCAGUGAUGUCAAAGCCUGAGCAAAACACACUUUCCACCUCAAGUGGAGAGCAAAGAGAUCCGCUGGCUGAAUCCGGUCACUGAUGGGACACGGAGACCCUGAGCUCGCUCUUUCAAAUUGAAAUUGCCAAAAGCAAAAUACGUAGAUGAAUUAGAUGAGGUAUUAGCAAGGAACAGUCGUUACAUCUGCAAAAAUAAAGCAUUUGCAUUUGCAAAAAUGAAGCAAAUACAAACUGCUUCCAUUCAUUCUCCUCUUCUUCUAGACACAGAAAGUUGACGGAUGUUGAAGCAAAAAUAAAUCACUCAGAAUUGUGUAAUUACUUAAGUUAUAAAACAGUAGAUGUAAAAUCAGCAGCCCUGUCAGUCCAUCCCUAUGAAUCCAGCUGUGAAAUGUCUACAGCCCGUAUCCUGCAUCCUGCAGACUACAACAAUUAACGGAUUACCGCGCGUACCAUUCUGGGCUGCCGUUAAAAAAAUAUAUUUUGUCAAGUGAGUGCAAAAAUACAAAUUGAGGCUACUGAGUGAUGGGUUUGUGCAUGAUGUCUUGUGAAAGUUCUGCAUUCUUACCUCACCUUCUAGUAGCGGCUUGGCUCGCUUGGAGCCUUGAUGGCGGUGGUACCAAAAUUAACACCCUGUCCUAUUGAUAACGUCCGCCAAUGGACGGGAAUCUGGGUGAGUCAUGUGGUUCCAUGCAGUAGAAAUGUGGUAUUCAAAUCAACGCCACAACACAGGGGCGUUCCUUGUUUAUCCACAACAGGAAAAAUACAGUUUUGUUUUAUUGCUUCCUGUAUCAGUACAAAUAAGUUUUGCUACGGAAGUGCUCUUUAUACCAGUAGUUUGACUCCAACAAAGAGGCCACGCAGCUACGUGCUAGCUUUGUCCCAGCGGUAGAGGUAUGGCGGAUGGAUGGAAGUAGAUAGCCGUCACCAAAGGUCCCUGUGAGACGUUUUCUUAUAGUGUCGUAUUAGUGUAUGCGAAAUAGGGGCGACGAUUAGCUGGCUUCUUUUGUUCUUCAAACACGUCCGGAGGCUGCUUGAUGAACCACCACCACGCCUCUUCUUGCACGAGCUGAAUUAAUCAGAUUUAAUGUGUGGGUAUGGGCUGAGUGAGGAUGGAAAUAACUGGUAUCUCUCUCGUGACAUUCAGCAACUAAUAAAUGACUGGGUAGAAAUAGCUGCGUUUCCGUCUGUGGAUUUGGCGUCAUGCCUCAUCAAACGAUCUCGUCCAUCUACAAUAUAUCAGUCUCACAUUUUUUAAUCAAGGAUAUUUUCUUUCAUGGUUUUAUUGCCCUGCGCUGGGAUACAAUGUUAUCUCAGUGAUGCCCAGGUUUCCCUGCGUUACGCUUUUCUCUUUGUCCAUGAACCUCCCCACCAGAAACCAUGUCAUUCAGAUGUAUCCAAACGCACAAAACCGUAAAAUCGUAAUCCUGCUAGCUCGAAAAAGCACGGACAUGGAAUUACAUGACCUUUCGUGAGUGUCUUGGUAACAAAAAAAAGACAGAGCCUCAUUUAACGCUGCCAUGUCAGCAAAAAAAAAAAACCCUUGCGGGCUAAUGAAUUCUGCAGAGAUUUUAGUCUUAACAGGGACGGACUCGGCAAAGCCGUACGUUGCUGUGGUCGACGUGAACCUCUGCAUGCUCUGCGAGGAGCCUGCACAGGGCCGCUGACCGGUGUCUGAUUACGGGGACGUAACUCUGGGGUGCAGAAUGAGAGGCUGUUCGUCGAAGAAUCAGAAAACUGCCGUAGCGGUAGAUCACUGAUAUUGCCGAGGUUCGGAGCGUGCAGCGCUUUUCUGAUCCCACAGAGCAACGAUGGGCCGUGUAAAUAGGGUGCGACAGAGUGGCACACUCGAGUUGCUGCAAUCCACAGUAUGUAUGUAGCUCACGCUGCUAUUAAAAGAAGAAUUCUCUGCUAUUGGUCUGAGCUAGGUAUCUGUUUAAAUUGAAGAGCACUCAGAGGGGAAUGAAAACUGUGUAAACUGAACGAAAGUGGUGAGCGUUUCUGUCAACACAGCCAGUUUGCUUGAAAUCUAUUGUGCAGUGCUACGUGAAGUUGUUUAAAUAUUGUGUUUUUGAAAUGUGUGCCAGCAAGUGCAUUAAAAAAAAGGAAGAAAAGAAGGUUGUUUUGACCCAUUGUUACAUCAGUGUGUUUUCUAUCAUUUUAAACCAGUCAGUGGAAGCUAAUGGUCCUUGAACUUGAAUAUGUGCUAUAUUAGAAAAUUAAAAAAGUCUGCUGUUUGUAUCACAAAGUGGAGAAAAUCAAGAAGCGGUUGUGCGGGAGGUGUUUUGUAGUCUGCGCGGUGCGCACAGAUCGCAGCAUGAACGCAAGCUUUUGUGAGAUGAACACAAAGACGACAAAGAUGUGAUACCUGAUGCAUUUACAUCAGAGGCAUUGCUUUGUUUGGCCUUACAUUUCUGUUUCACGGUUGUUGUUUUUUUCUGCUCUUGCUGUUUAAAUGGAUUGUUUUGUAUUUUGUGUUGUUUUUUGCCCAUAUUAAACACGGACAAUAAUCGCUGCGCCUCUUGCAACAUC